UCUCUUAAUUGUUUCUAGAAGAGGUGACAGCAACAUGGCACACUCAGAGCAGAACAGGACGUUGUACGUGGGCAACCUGGACAGCACAGUCACCGAGGACCUCAUCAUGAUGCUGUUUGGCCAGCUGGGUGAGGUUCGCAGCUGCAAGAUGUUCCGCGAGCCCACCACUGACCCUUAUUGCUUUGUAGAGUUUUGUGAUCAUAUGACUGCACUUAAUGCCAUUACUAUGAUGAAUGACAAGAUGCUUCAGAGUCGAAAAAUGCGUGUUGAUUGGGCAACUGGACAGGGCAAUAAAAACAAAUACACCAAAGUAGAUACCAGUAGGCACCAUCAUGUAUAUGUUGGAGAUCUUAGUCCUGAAAUAGAUGAACAGGCCCUCAGGGAGGCUUUUCAGGUAUUUGGUGAGAUAUCUGACUGCAAGGUAGUUAAGGAUCCACAGAGUUUCAAGUCCCGAGGGUAUGGUUUUGUUGUGUUUGUAAAGAAGAUGGAUGCAGAGACAAGUAUCAGUGCAAUGAAUGGUCAGUGGCUUGGCCGAAAGAUGAUCAAAACCCGCUGGGCUACCCGCAAACCUGCAAACACUCCAAACGACAACAAACCUGAGCAGAAGAAACUGAUUUAUGAAGAAGUGUAUAACCAGACAACCCCUACCAACACGACAGUGUUUUGCGGAGGUCUCAAACAAGACAUAUCAGAGGAGAUGCUGCACAAGUCUUUCCAGCCUCAUGGUCAAAUUGAGAAAAUAAAGAUCUUCAAAGAGAAGGGGUAUGCUUUUAUAAAGUACACAAGUAAGGAGAGUGCAUGUCAGGCAAUUGUUGAGUUACACAAUUCUAACUUAAAUGGCCAGAUUAUAAGGUGCUCUUGGGGUAAAGAUACAGGUGUUGACCAAGCUAACAAUCCAUCCCAAGAUGCUAAUGGAGCCCAGCCCAGCAUGCCCAGUUAUCCAAAUGGUGGAGGCUACCCCAGUCAGAUGGGGCAAAUGGGAUAUUGGCAAUAUUAUCCUCAGCAGAUGUCCUACAACCAAAUGCCCUAUAACCAGUAUGCAUAUGGCUACCAGCCCAACCCUGGCUAUAUGUGGAUGGGUUGGGGCCAGCAAGGAUGGAGUCAGCCUGGCCAACCAGGGCCUCCAGCACCCCAGCAGGGCCAGCCCCAACAGUGAGCAACUUUGUAAUUGACUCUUAGACAAAAAAUGGCUGCUGACACGCCUGAUCCGUUGGGGCUACAGCCUCACCAUGGGGACGAGCCAGCGUUGCUUCGUUUUCAUCUUUGUAAGUGCAAAGACCUUCAGACCAAUAUAGACUGUAUGUAAAUAAGUGAAAUACUUGCUAGAAGUUUAAGUAUAGGGCUCUACUUAAUUAUCUCAUGUCCAUAAGCACUAUCGUGUAGUAUUAGAGGAAAUCAGUGAAGUGUUCCUUUUGUAAGAGAAAGUAAUUUUGUAAAGUUUUAUAUCAGGAAUACAGUGAAUUGUAUUUUAUACUGUUUUCUGGACUGACACAGUGAAUAGCUUUCAUGGCUAAUUUCUAUUAAUGAACUGUUGUAAAUACUGUUAUCAUUACAAUUUUUUCAUUUACUACUCAUAGAAACUUUUAUUUCAGUAGGUUUAUAGGAUCUUUUGUAUAGGCCAUGGAAGUGAAUUCAUAAAUAUUUAUGUAUUAAUGAUUCAGUAAUAUAGUGCAGAUUUCAAAUAAUGAUGAGCAGAAUUUAAGGCAUGUAUGUGGAGUCCAUGAAUGAGUGAGAAUGAUUUUGAAAGAUAUGUCUGUGUUUGGCAAUUACCCAACUAAUUAUUUCUUGCACUGGCUCAUAAGUAUUACUCUGUAUAACCACAUUCCAAAAAGAAACUGGUUAAUUAGGAUUUUUUUUCCUAUAACCCUUUUAGUUAGUGAAAUGGAUAUUAUGUUUUAUGCCUAGCAUGAAGACUUUUGUACACAGUCCCAUCCAUGUACAGAUAUUCAGACAUGAAAAAUAAAGGAAUGGUGUGAAAGUUAA